AUGAACUGGGCUAGUGCUGAGAGUAAUUGCAUUGGCCUCGGAGGGAAUCUGGCUUCUAUCCAAUCGACCACUGAAUUACACUUCACCAGACAGUUGGUGAGAACAGCAACAGGCCAAGAUCUAAACUUUUGGGCUGGAGGCCAUGAUGCUGUCAUGGAGGGAGUGUGGCAGUGGAGCGAUGGCUCUAAGUUUAGCUUCAGCAGCUGGGGCCGGGGGGAGCCAACCAACAGUGGAGGAAAGGAACACUGUAUGCAGGUUAACUUAGGAGGUAAAACAUAA